AUGACCGACAGAGUGUACCCAUCAAAGCCCACCGCCAACGGCGGAGUUAAUCCAGCUUUCCCGGCGAACAAAGCGCAGCUCUACAAGGCCACGCGCCCGCCGUACAGGCCUCAGCCGCCGCCCAGGCGGCGCAGCGGCAGGAGCCUCUGCUGCACCUGCUGCCUCGGGACGACUCUCCUGAUUCUCCUCGUCCUCCUGCUCGCCGCCAUCGCCGGCGCCGUGUUCUACGUCAUCUACCGCCCCCACCGGCCGUCGUUCUCCGUUGCCUCCCUCCGUCUCUCCAGAUUCAACCUCACCGACACCGCCGUAACCUCCGCCUUCAACGUCACCAUCCUCGCGAACAACCAUAACAGUAAGAUCAUCUUCCUCUUCGAGCGAAUCUCGGUGAGGCUGCUCUCCGGCGACGUCGACGUCGGCAGCGGAGAUUUUCCGGCGUUCACGCAAGGCAAGAAGAACGUGACGACCUUGAGAGCGGUGGUUUCGAACUCGAAUACUCCGAUUAGCGCCGGAACCGAUAUUUCGCCUCUGAGAUCCGGCGUUCGGAGAAGAAAUUUACCAAUCAGAAUUCGGUUGGAUACGGAAGUGAGAGCCAAAAUUGGGAACAUCAAAACGAAGAAGCUCAAAAUUAGGGUUAUUUGCGAUGGAAUUGGGGUGUCGAUCCCCAAUGGUAAAACGACGUCGGUUGCAACAAUUUCAAAGGAGAAGUGCAAGGUUGACCCGAGAAUUAAGAUUAUCAGAUGGACACUUUGA